AUUCAGGUGGCGUUUUGGAACGCCCCCACCCGCCACAGCAGCGCAAAACUGACUGUGAGCAAAGCCGUCAGUACAGAGAGCGAAAAUGUCGCGAGGAAGUAGCGCUGGUUUUGACAGGCAUAUUACGAUAUUUUCGCCGGAAGGUCGGCUCUACCAAGUAGAAUAUGCGUUUAAGGCAAUUAAUCAAGGCGGCCUGACCUCCGUCGCUCUUAAAGGCGUCGACACCGCGGUAUUUGCUACACAAAAAAAAGUUCCGGACAAGCUUCUCGAUGCCUCAAGCGUUACACACGUUUUCCAAUUGACUGAAGAUAUUGGCUGCGUCAUGACUGGGAUGAUUGCUGACAGCAAAUCUCAAGUACAACGUGCUCGUUACGAAGCUGCCCAUUUCAAGUACAAACAUGACUACAGCAUUCCUGUAGACACUUUGUGCCGCCGUGUAGCUGAUAUUAGUCAGAUUUACACUCAAAAUGCGGAAAUGAGGCCUCUGGGAUGUUCGAUGGUACUCAUAGCAUACGAUCAGGAGAAAGGGCCUUGUGUUUAUAAAACUGAUCCUGCGGGGUACUUCUGUGGCUACAGAGCAAUUUCAGUUGGUGCUAAACAAACCGAGGCCAACUCGUACUUGGAGAAAAAGUUAAAAAAGAAGCAGAACUAUGAUCACGACGAAGCGAUUCAGCUGGCUAUCACUUGUCUUUCAACUGUUCUUUCUGUUGAUUUUAAACCAACUGAAAUUGAGGUCGGAGUUGUCUCCCAGAGCAAUCCGAAGUUCCGUGUUCUCAACGAGCAAGAAAUCGAUAAGCAUCUGACCGCAAUUGCAGAAAAGGAUUAAUUGGUGAGAUCGGGUCGAAAGGAUAUGACCAAAUGUGUAAUUAAUCACAAAGUGUCAUCUGAUUUCUUUUUUACUGAAUAAUCAAUGUUAUCGAUGAUAUGUACUAAGUAUGCAUAGGUCGAAGUACACUGAAAUAAACUCUGGCUUACGGCUUAAA